AUGGAUUCUCGAGGACUCAGUGGGCGACGCGGCGUGGGUGGGUCGCCACAUGCCGCCAACGCGUCGCAGACGACGGCUCUGCGACCCAGCAGCGGGUCGCCUGCGAGGUCCGCCUCACCCGCCCGAAGCGGCGUCAGCAGCGCAAUUCCCGGAGCCAGCUUAGUCACGUCAUCCACGUCAGCGUCCGGCGAUCCGCGGAGGGGCGGAGGCGGAAGCGGAAGCUCCUCCCCCGUCCUCCGCCACGCGGCGCGCGGGCCUUCGUUUAAGUCACAGCAGCCGCGCCGCGAUUCGCGCCGCAAUCCGCUCUUGCAAUUCGGCCUCCAGUGCCUUACAACUUCCGCCGCCAUUCUCCUCUUCGCGUUACUGUUCACGGCCGACGCGAUCAUAUCUACGAUUUUAUCCUCCCCUAGGUCUACCUCCCCCGGCUCGUCCUCCCUAUCGGUCGUCUCCGAUCCCUUCGGCUCUGUCCACGUGGCAGUAGGCGACGGGUCAGGCGCAAGGAGACGAGCCGCGGAGUACGAAAAAGAGGCCUAUCAGAACCUCCCCGCCUCUGGCGGCGGAAAAGGCGGGAACGGGGAAGGCGGAUCUGUGCGGGGAGGCGCGGAGAAGCAAGCGGGGAGCGCAAGGGGGGGAGUGGCAGAGGCGGGGGGCCGCGCGGAGGUGCGGUGGCGCGCGGAGAGGCUGCGUGUGCAGUGGUCGGGUCCGCCCAUGGGGGAGGAGGUGCAGCAGCGCGUGGCAGCGGCGACGGCGGUGGUGGCGGAUGAGCGGAAGAGGCUCAACGCGCAGCCGUUCCAGCUGCACAUUCUGGUGAGUGGUGGAGCUCGGUGUAGCGUUGUGGUGAGAGCGGAGUGCGACAGCAAGGGGCUGAAGGCGCUGCUGCAGUCACUGCAGGACGUGAAGUAUGGAGAGGACGAGGCGCAGCUCACAGUGGCGACAACCUGCAGUGCUGCUGCCCGGAGUGCCCAGGUGAGAGCGGAGUGCGACAGCAAGGGGCUGAAGGCGCUGCUACAGUCACUGCAGGACGUGAAGUAUGGAGAGGACGAGGUGCAGCUCACUCACAGUGGCCACCGCCUGCAGUGCUGCUGCCACGAGUGCUCAGGCUUUGCCAGAUUCCCUCCAAUGCUUCAAAGAUGCUCUCACCCAUCCCUCCUCCCUCACUUUCCCCCCUCCCAUUCCUCCCCCACCCAGGAGUUCCCCUGGUUCCACGGGCCGAGGCGCGUAAUCGAGCUAUCAGGCAACAGUGCCAAGCCCACCGACCCGCUGCCCCUCUGCUUAAAGCCCUCGCUCUCGCGCCCGCUGUUGCUGGUAGCCCUCACGCACACACUGAAACCUUCCCGUCCCCGUCUUCCCAUCCGCCUCCCACCCACAGGAGUUCCCCUGGUUCCACGGGCCAAGGCGCGCAACAGCGCCAAGCCCACCGACCCGCUGCCCCUCUGGUUCCCCGCCUCCCCCCGCGAGUUCCUCCUCCUCCUCGACCCCUCCUCCCGCCUCUCCCCCGGCCUCUACCUCGUGCUUAAAGCCCUCGCCCUCGCACCCGCUGCUGCUGGCAACCCUGCCGCUUUCACAGUGGAGGCAAGCGUAUCGGGGUUUUAUGGGGGCUAUGGGGGAGAGGGUGGUGGGGAAGGGGCAGGGGAGAAGGGAGGACGGGAGCGAAGCAGCAGCAGCAGCAGCAGCAGCAGCAGCAGCAGCAGCAGCAGCAGCGGUGGUGGUGGGGACAGUAGCGGAGGGGAUAGUAUCGGAAGUGACAGUAGCGAGGAGGAGAGCACGGGUGCGCAUGUGUCAGGGCUGUUUGGGAUCGCUCUAGACCCAGACUCACCCUUCCUCGCCGAAGACUCGCCCAUCAUGACGGGCUUUAAGCGCCCAGAAGAAACCCUAAUAGGGGGAGCAACAUCAGCAGCAGGCGCAGCAGCCGAAGGAGCAGGACGGGCAGCAGGAAGGGCAGCAGCAGGAGGAGGGGCAGGGGGAGAAGUGGGGGUGGGGGUGCUGUCGCUGGCCAUGGCUCGCUCAUGCCAGGUGGUGUUUCCUCAGCCGUGGCGGCAGUUCUGGGCGUGGCAUGCGCUGUCGCAGGCCCAGCAGGUCAACUCCGCCCAUCUCAAGUUCGACUGGGAUGCCUAUGACUUCAGCGCCCCCUGCCGGGAAGACUGGCGAGUGAGCUUCCUAACAUACGUGGAGGAAAACGACCUUUACAACCUUAUGCUACGCACACUCGAUCCUCAAGAGGACCUGAGCAGCAACACACGUCUCUGCUAUUCAAUCGACUCCCAACCCCCUCUCGCCUACCCAACCGCCACCCCCACCCUCCUCCCGCUCCCCUCCGCGCUCCGCCUCUCCUCCUCCCUCUCCCUCCACCUCACCACGUCCCCGCGCUCCCUCGCGCCUCUGCCCCGGGUGGACCAUUGUGGGAGGGAGGUGCCGCGGGGGGAGGUGGCGUGGAGUGUGGGCGAGCUGAGAGGGCUGCUGCAGCGCAUUGCCCGGCACUCUGCUGUGGCUGGCGUCAUGGUGUCACCUGGAUACGAUGAUAUGCUCAACAACUGGGUCUGCUACGUCAAGUGCGGGCGAGGCGAAUGCGGAUGGGUGAGUGUGGGGGAGGGAUGGGUGAGUGUGGGGGAGGGAUGGGUGAGUGUGGGGGAGGGAUGGGUGAGUGUGGGGGAGGGAUGGGUGAGUGUGGGGGAGGGAUGGGUGAGUGUGGGGGAGGGAUGGGUGAGUGUGGGGGAGGGAUGGGUGAGUGUGGGGGAGGGAUGGGUGAGUGUGGGGGAGGGAUGGGUGAGUGUGGGGGAGGGAUGGGUGAGUGUGGGGGAGGGAUGGAUGAGUGUGGGGGAGGGAUGGAUGAGUGUGGGGGAGGGAUGGAUGAGUGUGGGGGAGGGAUGGGUGAGUGUGGGGGAGGGAUGA